UUGAAUUUCAGAUUCUUCAUCCAUAAAAUGAGGCACUGGGGAGGUGGGAAAAGAGGAUUUAAUCCCUAAGAUUUGCCAUGGAGAAGAUUUCAGUGUCAGCAUUCUUGCUCCUGGUGGCCCUCUCCUACACUCUAGCCAAAGACACCACAGUCAGACCGGGAGCUAAAAAGGACGCAAAGGACUCUGGACCCAAACUGCCCCAGACCCUCUCCAGAGGUUGGGGUGAUCAACUCAUCUGGACUCAGACAUAUGAAGAAGCUUUAUACAAAUCCAAGACAAGCAACAAACCCUUGAUGAUUAUUCACCACUUGGAUGAAUGCCCACACAGUCAAGCUUUGAAGAAAGUGUUUGCUGAAAAUAAAGAAAUCCAGAAAUUGGCAGAGCAGUUUGUCCUCCUCAAUCUAGUUUAUGAAACAACUGACAAACAUCUUUCUCCUGAUGGCCAAUAUGUCCCCAGGAUUAUGUUUGUUGAUCCAUCCCUGACGGUUAGAGCUGACAUCACUGGAAGAUAUUCAAAUCGUCUCUAUGCUUAUGAACCUUCGGAUGCUGCUCUCCUGCUUGACAACAUGAAGAAAGCUCUCAAGUUGCUGAAGACUGAAUUGUAGAAAAGAAGCAAAAUCUCCAAGCUCUUGCCUCUGUGUUAGGCCCUGACACUUGGAACCGGAGGAGAUUUUAGACGACUUUGGAGAAUGUAGAAGCACUGGUGGACCUACUGAUUAGAUUAUGGUUUGAUGUUACAACAGCUGUUUUUUUUAAAUUUGGUUUCAAGUAUACACAUAUGAAAACAACACUGUAUACUACCAUAGUGAGCCAUGAUUUUUUAAAAAAUAAAUCCUUUUGGGGGUGUUCAA